AUUGUAGGUGCGGCCCAGUCCUCAGUCAGCAUAGUGCGGGGCGCGCGGGGAAUCAUCCCCCUGCCCGAUGGUUUCUUCCGCUCUGUAUAUAUAGAGGCACCCGCUGCUGUCAGCUGACACAUUAUCAUUAUGCCGAUGUGCGGGGGUCUCGGGAGCGUCAAACCGGCCACAGAGGAAGUCCAGGGGAUCUGCGAGCAGGUGAAGACCGAGGUGGAGGAGAAACAUGGGAAGAAGUACCCAACUUUCCAGGCCACAGAAUACAAGACACAGCUGGUGGCGGGAAUGAACUUCUUUGUUAAGGUCCAUGUGGGAGAUGAGGAAUACCUACACCUGCGCGUGUAUAAAACCCUUCCCCAUGAUGGCGAGAAGCUGAGCCUUACUGCCGUCCAGGCUGGGAAGACCAAGGCUGAUGAAAUCGUCCACUUCCAAUAGGCCGCUCCGCUCUGACGCCCCCUCUGGUCAUUACUGGACUCUUCUCACUAAGCUUAGAUUUUAUUUUGUACUAGAGUUUUGUAAAUGCAAUAAUAUAACCAUUUCAUCCGCUGGGGCCACUGCUGGGAUGGGGCCCUGAAACCUGCAUCUUAAUAAUUAUUUUUUAUUAAAUGGUAAUGAUGUCAUGAAUAUAAAAGUAUAUAGUUCUCUUCUG